CGCGGUGUCCUGGCGUCGAGGUGUGCUGGCGGCGGGGUGUCGCAGGGCGUGUCACGAGGUGACUUGGGGCGGGCUGAGGGCGGGCGGGAGGGAGCGACGAAGGGCGUGCGGGGCUGUCGCUCCGGGCACCCCUCCCCCGCCGCAGUCGGCGGACCUUUCCCCGGAGAAGAUGGCGGAUCGGGCGGAGAUGUUUUCUCUUUCCACCUUUCACUCGCUGUCGCCGCCAGGCUGCAGGCCUCCACAGGACAUAAGUCUGGAAGAAUUUGAUGAUGAAGAUCUGUCUGAGAUCACCGAUGACUGUGGUCUGGGCCUCAGCUACGACUCGGACCACUGCGAGAAGGACAGCCUUUCCCUGGGGCGUUCGGAGCAGCCGCACCCCAUCUGCUCCUUCCAGGAUGACUUCCAGGAGUUUGAGAUGAUCGAUGACAAUGAAGAGGAGGAGGACGACGAGGAGGAAGAGGAAGAGGAAGAGGAGGAAGCAGAGGGGGAGGUUGAGGGGGGAGGCCCUGGCUCAGCAGCCCGCGCCCGGCAGCCCCUGAUCCCCUCGCCCUCCCUGGAGGAGCCCCACAAGCACCGGCCCACCACGCUCCACCUGACGACGCUGGGAGCCCAGGACUCCCUGAACAACAAUGGAGGGUUUGCUCCAGGGCCUCCAGCCUCCAGGCAGGAAACAGUGCUGUGCCCACCCGCCCAGGAGCCCCUCAGAGAGCCGCCCGCCCCCCUCCCGCCCACGGACAGAAGCCCCUGCGGGGCGCAGUCACCUGUGCAUCCGGGUUGCGACUCCGAAGGCAACCAGCCCGCAAGGCCCCUGGCGCCAGGUGGGGCCUCGCCCUCCUCGGAUCCGGGCAUCGAGGCCGACCUGGGGAGCGGCUCCAGCGGAGGCCGCGGGGGUCGGCGCAGCAGCCAGGAGCUGUCGUCGCCGGGCUCCGACUCUGAGGACGCGGGCGGCGCGCGCCUGGGGCGCAUGAUUUCCUCCAUCUCAGAGACAGAGCUGGAGCGGAGCAGCGACGACGGCGGCAGCAGCAGCGGCCGCUCCUCGCACCUCACCAACUCCAUCGAGGAGGCCUCGUCGCCGGCCUCGGAGCCCGAGCCCGAGCCGCCGUGCGAGCCCCCGCGCCGCCCCGCCUUCCUGCCCGUGGGCCCCGACGACACCAACAGCGAGUACGAGUCAGGGUCCGAGUCUGAGCCGGACCUCAGCGAGGACGCCGACUCGCCCUGGCUGCUCAGCAACCUCGUGAGCCGCAUGAUCUCCGAGGGCUCCUCGCCCAUCCGCUGCCCUGGCCAGUGCCUGUCUCCUGCGCCGCGUCCUGCCGGGGAGUGUGCGUCGCCCGUCGGCGAGGCCCCCGAGGCGGCGGCGGGGCCGGGCGUGGAGCUGGUGGACAUGGAGACGCUGUGUGGGCCGCCGCCCCCCGAGCCCUCCGCCCCUCGGCCCGGCCCCGCGCAGCCCGGGCCCUGCCUCUUCCUCAGCAACCCCACGCGCGACACCAUCACGCCCCUGUGGGCCGCUCCGGGUCGCCCUGCCCGCCCGGGCCGCGCCUGCUCUGCCGCCUGCUCGGAGGAGGACGACGAGGAUGAAGAGGAGGAGGACGAAGCUGAGCCCGAGGCAGCGCCCCUCGGGGGCCGGGGCACGGGCGCCGCGCCGGACGCCUCGCUGGUGUACGAUGCGGUCAAGUACACGCUGGUGGUGGACGAGCACACGCAGCUGGAGCUGGUGAGCCUGCGGCGCUGCGCGCGCCUGGGCGAGGACAGCGGGGACAGCGGUGGCGAGGCCAGCGAGGAAGAGGCGGGAGCCGCACCGCUGGGCCUUGAUCGGGGCCCCGGGGCUGCCUCCCCGGACAGCCCUGACCUCACCUUCUCUAAGAAGUUCCUCAAUGUCUUUGUCAACAGCACCUCCCGAUCUUCCAGCACGGAGUCUUUCGGCCUUUUUUCCUGCCUGGUCAAUGGCGAGGAGAGAGAGCAAACCCAUCGGGCUGUCUUCAGGUUCAUUCCCCGCCAUCCCGACGAGCUUGAGCUGGAUGUGGACGACCCGGUCCUGGUGGAGGCCGAGGAGGACGACUUCUGGUUCCGUGGCUUCAACAUGCGCACGGGGGAGCGUGGCGUCUUCCCCGCCUUCUAUGCCCACGCGGUGCCCGGCCCGGCCAAGGACCUGCUGGGGAGCAAGCGGGGUCCCUGCUGGGUGGAGCGCUUUGACGUGCAGUUCCUGGGCUCCGUGGAGGUGCCCUGUCACCAGGGCAAUGGCAUCCUGUGUGCAGCCAUGCAGAAGUCUUCAAACCUAAUCGACAGCGUCCCGCCAGGAGGGAGAGAUACCCUCGUAGGCCCUGGAGACCCUUUUCUCCCCUCACUUCUGCAGAUCGCCACUGCCCGGAAACUGACCGUCCACCUGCGUCCUCCUGCCUCCUGUGACCUUGAGAUUUCUCUUCGGGGGGUCAAGCUGAGUCUAAGUGGAGGACCUGAGUUCCAGCACUGCAGCCAUUUCUUCCAGAUGAAGAACAUCUCGUUCUGCGGCUGCCACCCCCGCAACAGCUGCUAUUUUGGCUUCAUCACCAAACACCCGCUGCUGAGCCGUUUUGCCUGCCACGUUUUCGUCUCCCAGGAGUCGAUGAGGCCCGUGGCCCAGAGUGUGGGCCGCGCCUUCCUGGAGUACUACCAGCGGCACCUGGAGUACGCCUGCCCCACAGAGGACAUCUACCUGGAGUAGCCACCCGCUGCUCUCCCGCUCCGGGAGCGCCUGGGGCUGGGGGCAUCUCAUGCGGCCACCUCGGCUUUGGCAAGGACUGGACUGGGGGCACAUGGGACCUGGCAUCUGGCGAGUCUCCGGGCUGUGCUGGGAACUCUCCUCCUUGCUCCCCAGGGGCUGCUGAAGCGUGGAGCCUGCACCUUCGCUACCCCUGAUCUUUUCUCUCUGUGUUGCCCUGGUCUGCCCUUGGCCUCCCUCUUCUCUCCUCCUGUCUGUCUCUGCUCCUCUGUGCCUGCAAACUCUUGCCCUCUGCUCUUUACUUUGGGGUCAGAAUUGGGAGGGGCGUGUGGAGGGAGCUCCCAGGUGAUCCCCUCUUGCUUUUCCCGUGUGAUUUAUAAAGGAAUUUUAAUUUUUAUAGUGAAUAUCAAGGGGUCAUAUCCCAUCCUCACCAUAGGGACAAAGAGAGGGACCCCCCCCAUAGUGCCCCACGAGGAGCUCAGGGGUAAGCAGGGAGGGGUUCCCCAGUAGGGCCCUGCGGGAGACUAGGAGUCGUGGUCACCCCAAGCCCCAGACGCUGCUAGGAGGAGGGUGCCCCGGCCCAGGCCCUGGCCACACCAGCAUCUGCUAUGCCGCUGCAAACACUCCCCGCAGUCCAGCACCUCAAUAAACUCUCUGCUUGGUGU